AUGCUGCCAACCACCAACACCAGCAGCCUCGGCAGCACCGACCGGGGUGAGCGAGAGACCGGCAGUGCGGCAGCGGCUAUCGAAACGAGCAGGCUGGUGCACCUGCGGGACUCGGCAAGUGCCGACCUCACUGCAAUAGAGGAGGGGCCGACCAAGGCCCCCUUUGUGCGGAUCUUCGGCGCCCACAUCGACCCUGAGCGACCGGCCAUGCUCGUCGAGGGCGAUAUCGAGACUUCUUGUCUGUUUGUCGCUAUGGAACAGCUCCCACCAGGUGCGUCUGUGUGUCACACGAACGGAAGGAGGGAGGGAAUCUAGAGAGGGGCAGAAAGAGAGGAUCUCAUAUUCUCUGUCCCGUGUUCUUCUUCUCUUCCGUGUCUGUUGACUCACUCAAUCAGAUGCCUACACGCCGCUGGAUGGGUUUCUGAGAGUGCAGUCCUUCACGGGCAUCUCGGCGCGAUUCCCGCCGCCCAUCAUCCCACCGGACUGCAACCCUGACGCCGCCAACGACAUCUGUGCAAUGGCGGCAAGGCGGGCUGAUCUGGCGAUCCGCCGCAUGACGCGGGGUUUGUGGUACAUCACCAGGUGCCACAGGUCCCUGCUGAUGCGGUUUGGCCUCUUCUGCCCGACAAUAUGCUCAAGGACAUCUUCCUCCACAACGAGGCCCUCGACGAAUUUGCCCUGCCUGAGCUCGACCAGACACACACCGUCGGAUCCCCAUCUGGAGCCAUCAAUCUGCCCAGCACCGGCGCGACCAUGAUCGACUUCGCGAGCAGCGUGCGGGUGACGCACAACGUCCCCAAAGGGCUCUGACAGCAAGCUGACCAAUUGAAGCUGACGCCCCCAACGUGGCGUCCCUCCGUCCCCCCGCACACAUCCACGGCCCGUGCGCGCCGGUGCCUCUGGACCGGCAACGGCAGCUGGCCGAGCAUCAGCGGCCGACGGGCAUCCCCGCCGCUUUGGACGAGGUGACGGCCCUGCUGCUGAUUUGGAAGUGGCGGGCCAAGAACAGUACUAUGGGUAGCAUGACGGCGGCCGAGCAGCAGGCCGUGUGGCGGCAGUGGCGAGGGCGGAGAACCGCACGAGGGCGGCAGGCAACGAGCGGCUGA